AUGGUUGUAUCGGAUACGCAGCAACACCAAGUAUGUGAAGGCAAUAGGGUUCCAGUUUCUUCCCAUGAAGGCUCGAGCAAGCUCAUGAAGAGGCUGUCGAGUCAUCCGAGCUGUAAAUCGAUAUGGCCUGACUUACACGUGCCUUGCAGCUCGAUGAUGAUAGACGAUGGCUCCAGUCCACGGAGUUUUAAGAAUCGAUACGUUCCCAAUGAAUCUCUGUACCUGAAGAAGUUGAAAAAGACCGCUAUAGACGACUAUUACACAAAGGGCAUAAUUCCCACCACUCGUUACGAGGAAGAUGGGGAUGAUGACGCACUUGUUCGGCUAUCCACCAAUGGAAAAAUAGACGAGAGAUUGGACUCGAGUAUCAGUUUUAGUGCUGCCACGUCUUAUUGCGGGAAAAUGAAGAUGGCGAGUGAUGAACUAGCUGGAGACGAAAAUGUGGUUGAACGAUUCAAAUGGCAGUCCAUGCUGACCAGAGUCUUGAAGGGGGAUAUUGUCAAGAGCGAAAAGACCAGGAUAGCCAACCAAAACAAAAAACCAGGGUUGACUACGGAGCUCUCAGAUGAAAUAUGGCUCGAGCUGAAAGCGUGGAUGAACGGGAGAACCAUGCAGGAAAUGGAACGAGUGCUGACUUAUUUAAGAAACGGUUCAGACACUCUGUUUAAAGAGAUAAUGGAGUUUCGGAUCCCGCAGGAUAAGGUACUUACUUUGGAUGCACUGGCGGACAUUUUACAAGAACUCAUGGAUCGAUACCACAGUGUUGUUUCUCAUUGGCCUAAUUUACAGAAGAUGCAUAACGACAAGCCGAUUACCAAAGCCGUCAAGUUUACUGCCAGAAUAGACACAAUGAACUCUUGGCUAAAUUUUAAGACAAAUUUGACGCUGAGGCGACAAGAAUUAGACGAUUGGAUAAACAGUUUCUCACCAACAAGUAGUACGGAUAAUUUUCAAGAGGAUCUCAAUGGCAUCCCGGAAUGGAACGGCAAACUGAAAAGCCUCGCAGAACAACUGAUGAAGGAAAAGGAUAUCGAGUCUGUAUUCCAGAAGAAAAUUUUCUACCCGUUGUCGCCAUGGAUGUUCAAACUGAAACAAUACGUUAUGUUUUAUGAAGAAGUAUUAACAGAGUUAAAUUUAAAGUAUCCUUACGAAAGGUUAAAGUCACUUUUAACUUUCCCUGGCUACUUGAUCAAAGAGGUUAUUCUGACUAGGUUAUCUUAUGCGCAAAAACUGAAAAAUCCGACAAUGAUGAUGAUCGAUCAGAUGAUUGAUGAUUUUGACUGUUUCAUUCGACUGUCUGUCCAACUGAAAUACACCCUGACUAGAUAUUGCUCUAACUGGCCCUUUGAUGUCGACUUUGAUCCAACGUUCGAAAAGACUGUCAUAGAAGCUAUCCGCUAUUUAUUCUUCUUACUGAAUUUAAAGUUAAUUGAUUCCAGCAACAGAAAUUUCAAAGCUCCUGAUCUGCUCUUGAAGUAUUGGGAUAAUUUGAAAAACAUCGGUCAUUAUAUUAAUGGUGCGGAAACUGUAAUUCCCAAUGAAUUUCUGAAGUUGACCUCUCGGUUGAUCCACAAAUUACAAUUUUACCUUUUGGAGCAGCAAAACUCUCCACCGACAUUUGCUAACGGUUCAGAAGCAGAAAAAUGGUUAAGUUCCAUGUUCGAGAGUUUGGGUGCGAUGAAAAGGAAACUCAACCGGUUCAGCAACAUUCAGACCAAGGCGUUCCAAAAUUCUGUUGUUUAUCAGAUUAACAGCACUACACUGCUUAUGAAAAAAUUAAAAGAUGCUGGCUAUUUUUUAGUAUAUUCCGGUGGUACUUUGGAAUCUGAUGGGGUGUAUAUAUUGGCUACUCCUGAAUUAUUAGGAUGUGAUGAUGAUACGAUAUUAGGAAUUUUGCAGAAUAAAUAUAUGGGCUGUGAUUUAAUCCCUAAACUAGACAUAAGAAAUAAUUUGAAUAUGUAUGACGUGAGAGCGGAUAAAAUAGGCCCAAACGUUUUGAUAUCGAAAGGAGAGGAUUCCAAAGGCAUUCCUUACUAUCAAAUAGUGGCAAACUCAUCAAAUUGUUCAAAUAAGCAUACCCAUUAUCCUAAAAGAGAGGGAACUCCGACAGCGCAUUAUGAUCAGUACAUCAACGAGGAGAAAAAUGAGGUUUUUGAGUUAGAACUCGCUUUGAACUCUUUGGGCGCAUUAGUUAUAUUAAUGCCUGGAGAGCCAGUAGUUUGGGAAGGUUUGAUAUGUAAGCUUUCUCACGAAAAUUUUUUUACUUCUAACGAUAUUGACUUGAAAAAAGUCGGUAAUCCAAAUACCCUAAUCUUACUCAACCAAGGAUCUAACUAUGCACUAACUUAUCAAGUCGAAAAAUUUAACCAAAACGUAGGUGAUCUCGUCUCAUUCAUAGAGAAGCGCUGUUCACUUAGUUCGAUUGAACUUUCCUUGCUAAGGAUUAAUAAAGCGUAUUAUAAAUUCACAUACACAGUUUUGGAUAAUUAUAAAGGGAUCUUAGAUAAGUUUAUGAAGCAAUGUCCGGGGAGUGAGCUGUUAAAUUCAAUUUUCAUGUUUGGAAGGGACUUUGGAAAAAGUUGCCUUAAAAAUGAUGCCUUUAGCCCAAAAAGGAAAUCCAUUAUCGCCUUGUUGAUGGUUGAAUUAAGUAUGAGCUGGUUGAAAUUCCUCGUUGAAGAUUGCGAACCUACCGAUCAUCGAACUUUUAGAUGGUGCGUUUUAGCAAUGGAAUUUGCCAUGCAAAUGACUAGUGGUUAUAAUAUUCUGGUACUGGAUGAAAAGCAAUUUCAGAAACUAAAAGAAAGGAUAUCUGUGUGUAUGUCUUUAUUAAUAUCUCAUUUUGAUGUCAUGGGUGCUAGAGCCACUGAAGCUGAAAAUGGUAUACAGCAGACGAGAUUAAACAUUGAUAUUGAAGAAAAUAUUGAUGAAGAGGCUACUUUAAAAAUUAACAGCAAAUUGAGAUUGGAAGCUAUCAGUAAUUUGGAAGAGAUCAUGACGAGAAAUCCCAGGCAAACAGGAAAGGUAUUGGAUGCUACAGAUCAGGACAACAAAUACCUGCUAUCAUUAGCAUCCUCGUUAUCGAAUAUUUCGAUGAGAUGGCAAAAAAGAAGUUUUAUUGGUGGCGGUGCAUUUGGAAAGGUAUACUCUGCAAUUAAUUUAGAGAACGGUGAAAUUUUAGCGGUUAAAGAAAUAAAUAUUCACGAUACUAAUACAAUGAAGAAGGUCUUUCCUUUGAUUAAAGAAGAGAUGACUGUACUGGAAAUGUUGAACCACCCCAAUAUUGUUCAGUAUUAUGGUGUUGAAGUUCAUCGUGAUAAGGUUAACAUCUUCAUGGAAUACUGUGAAGGUGGCUCUUUGGCUUCCUGCCUAUUGGACCAUGGAAGGAUUGAAGACGAAAUGGUGACGCAAGUAUAUACACUGGAACUAUUAGAAGGUUUGGCAUAUUUACACCGAUCUGGUGUAGUGCAUCGUGAUAUUAAGCCGGAGAAUAUUUUGUUAGAUUUCAAUGGGAUCAUAAAAUACGUGGACUUUGGCACAGCACGUACUGUUGUGGAGUCAAGCACUAGAGCUCUUCAGAAUGAGACAUCUCAAGAAAUAGAAGCUGAACCAAAUCCUAUUAACGGCAUGAUGGGGACACCAAUGUAUAUGGCACCAGAGGCUAUUUCAGGCUCUGCCAUCAAAGGCAAACUUGGUGCAGAUGACAUAUGGGCAUUGGGAUGUGUCGUGUUGGAAAUGGCCACAGGUAGACGACCUUGGUCCAACUUAGAUAAUGAAUGGGCCAUUAUGUACCAUGUCGCUGCAGGCUAUAUACCUCAAUUGCCUAGUAAGGACGAAAUAACUCCAGCGGGAAGAGCGUUCUUAGAAAGAUGUUUAGUGCAAGAUCCAACUAGGAGGGCUACAGCUGUGGAACUACUGACAGACCCAUGGAUGAUCCAAAUCCGUGAAGUAGCAUUCGGUGACUCGGGUAAAGAUCAAAUACCCAUCAUAGACUCAGAUAAACUGAUACAAAAUAGCACGAUAUAA